UUGACAUUGUUUUUUCACCAAUCACAAACACUGAUGAACUUGCUAUCCUGGAAGGAUACCUGGAGGAAUUUUUGUGGAAAUUCACCCAGCUUUAUCCUGGGCUUUCAGUUAUACCCAAGAUGCAUUACUUGGUUCAUUACCCAUCUUAUAUUUACAGAUUUGGACCAAUGAUUCAGAGCUGGUGCAUGCGAUAUGAAGCAAAGCACAGUUACUUUAAAAGAUUGGCUUCAUACCUUGGAAACUUCACUAAUGUUGCAUUUAGCCUUGCUGAACGACAUCAAACCAGAAGUAGCUAUCUAAGAAAUCAACCCAUUGCAAAAAAGCCUAAAAUUGAUUCUGCAAAAGAAAUUGUUGCUAAGGAUAGUGAACAUUAUUAUUUGCUCAAAGAGAAGGAACCUAACUUAAGUGACAUUAGUAUUUUGUCAAGGUAAAGUGCACAUAGUGAUUAUUUUUAUUACAGAAGAUGGUGACUAUUGCAA